AUGGCGUUGUCGGUUACAAACCUCGCCUCUUCACUCUCUUCGCUCUCUUUCUCCUCCCAGGUUUCUCAGGGACCAAACACCCUUUACUUCCCCAGAGCGAACUCGGUGUUCUCACUUCCGGCGAAAUCAGCUCGUCGCGCUUCUCUCUCAAUCAACGCCACGGUGGCUUCUCCCGAGGCGGAGGUAGCGGAGGAGGAUGUUGAUAGAAUGGAGCUGAAGAAGUACGUGAAAUCUCGGCUUCCGGGAGGAUUCGCAGCUCAGAAAAUCAUAGGCACGGGACGGCGUAAGUGCGCCAUCGCUCGUGUUGUGCUUCAAGAAGGCACUGGCAAAGUUAUUAUAAACUAUCGCGAUGCCAAGGAGUACCUUCAAGGCAACCCAUUGUGGCUUCAAUACGUUAAAGUGCCAUUAGUGACACUAGGUUACGAGAACAGCUACGACGUGUUUGUGAAAGCCCAUGGAGGCGGUCUCUCUGGUCAAGCUCAAGCCAUUACUCUCGGAGUUGCUCGUGCCCUCUUGAAGGUAAGUGCAGAUCAUAGAUCGCCUCUGAAGAAGGAAGGUUUGCUCACUAGAGACGCAAGAGUCGUUGAAAGAAAGAAGGUUGGGCUCAAGAAGGCGCGUAAAGCACCACAAUUCUCCAAGCGUUAAAAGAGCUUUUGUUAUUUUUAUUGUUGUUGGAUAUUAACUCUUUUAAGUACACUACUUUGCCUCUAUUUCCUUUUCAAAGUUGAUGUGUAGAUGAACCAAUCCCUGUUUUAAUUUAAUAGAGUGCAAAAGUUGUUAUGAUUGUGACUCGUUUGCACUAAUCAAUCAUUCAGUUGUGAUCAAU